AGAGGGAGGAGGGGGUGCCGGGAAGAGGCUGACAGCCUGGCCAGGAGUUGGCCUCGGCCUUGGCCUCGGGAGGGGAAGCGUAGGAGAGACCCCAAGGCACAAGAAAGGAGGGUCAGGGUGACAAGGGGAAGCCAUGAGGCAGCUGCUGCUCUCGCUGGCCCUGUGGCUGGGCGCGAUGGGCCUGGGCAGGGCUGAGCUCACGGCGGCCCAGCACCGGGGCCUGCAGGUGGCCCUGGAGGAGUUCCACAAGCAUCCGCCCGUGCAGUGGGCCUUCCGGGAGACCAGUGUGGACAGUGCCAUGGACACGCCCUUCCCGGCCGGGACCUUUGUGAGGCUGGAGUUUAAGCUCCAGCAGACGAACUGCCGGAAGAAGGACUGGAAGAAAGCUGAGUGCAAGGUCAAGCCCAGCGGGAGAAAGCGGAAAUGCCUGGCCUGCAUCAAGCUGGACUCUGAAGAUAAAGUCCUGGGCCGGAUGGUCCACUGCCCCAUAGAGACACAGGUUCAACGGGAGCUGGAGGAGCGCCAGGAGGCCCAGUGCAGCAGGGCAGAGCGCGCCGGCGAGGACCCUCACAGCCACUACUUCCCCGGGCAGUUCGCCUUCUUCAAAGCCUUGCCCCCGAGCUGAGGCCUGACUGUUUCUCUUCCCUUCCCUCUAGAAUUUCACCCGGCUUCCUGGAAGCAGCGUGAGGGAGGUAACAAGUGAAAGCCGGCCCUCCCUUCUCUGCGCCUAGGGAGGACUGUCCCAUAGUCCCUAAUAAAAGUGCUCUAGAGCUGC